GUCACCAACAUGCGUUUCCACAACACGGCCACCAGAAACGUCACAGUCAGUCUUGACAUUUCCUGAAAGAUGCAAAUAUCAUGAGAGACCGUGUUUUUCGGAUGUUAGUUCACGGUUUAUCUUGCUAACAUUAUAGCCUCAUUAUAGUCUGUCUUUGCGCUUGAGAGCAGAGAGGUCCAAUCAGAAUGUCUCAGAUGGAGCUCCUCGUCGCAAAUGUAGCUGAGCUCCUCACCGCUGCUGUACAGGAAGUGUUGCAGCUCAUGGGUCGGGCUGUGUUAGAGUAUCAGAAAGAGUCUGCCAGAACACGCCUGGAGAAUCAGAACCUCCAGCAGAAGCUCAAACAACUCCAGGAGACGAUGACUGGGGAUUCACAUGAAGUCCUGAAAGUCUCUUUGCCCAUUGAGAAGCCCCAUUUAGAGGAGGAUCAUGCACAGGAAGAUCUCAUUUAUCUUGGAGAUUCAGCUGUGAGCAAGCAGACAGAGCAGCCACAAUGUCCGAGUGACAAUCCUGUUCACAUGAAGCUGGUUUUAGAUGAGAUGACUUUAGACAACAGACAUCAUACUCUGCAAGGGAUCUGUGACUAUUCUUUGAAGAAGCAGAGACCCCUCUCCAGGGUAAAGAGUAGCCCUCCAAGAAGAAUCCCAAAUGCUGGCAGCAGAGAGAGUCCAGUGACCAGCGACACUGAGACACCACUGGGCUCGAACAGAAUCAAAGAGGAAUCUAAACCAGAGCCUCUGGAACUUUCUGUAAGGGAAGAGACAGACAAUGUGACAACACAAGCUCCUGUAGUUCUCCUGCACGACGUUCCUCCAUCAAACGAACACAACCAGCUGCCUGUCUCGUCCUUUUCCAACAACGUUGUCUACUGUAACCAACUAGACAAAUUACUAAAUUCUGCUUCCAUACACAUUCUUAGGUCACGGGUGGAGAAUAUGGUCCAAACAGGGGGCAUUCACGGCACUCCCAGCGUCAGUGAGAGCAGGGAGAUUCUGCACAGCUGCCACAUGUGCGGCAAGACCUUCGCAACGCCCUCCAGCCUCGGAGCGCACUUCGUGUGCCAUUCAAACGAGAGACCUUUCGUUUGCAAGUGCUGCAAGUUCAGGUUCAGUCGUUUAGCCGAUCUGAAAAAGCACGAGCGCAUUCAUACAGGAGAAAGGCCAUAUAACUGUUCGCUCUGUGGACGGAGAUUCAACCGAACAGAGAAUCUCAGAAGACACUUGAGGAAGGUUCAUUAUGGAGCAGUACUGUGAGCUUUAAAUUCACAGCAUUUAUUUUAGCAUGUCGACUUUGGAUCAUUCAACAAAAUCAGUGCUUAUUCAUAUCUCAAAAGUUACUAUAGUUGCUCAGUCCAUUAGGCCUGUUUUCCCCCCACUUUUAAUAUAGUAUGUUGGCAACUGUUUCCAUCAAAUUGAAUUAAAAUAAUUAUUCAUCAAUAUCAGUGAUGUAGCUGAAAUAUGAUGAAUGUGUAUUAUCAUACAUUUUUUUUAAUGAGAAUACAUGAUAUGUGGUAAAAUAUUCUCAUUGAUCAAAGUGCAGCAUUCCACUGGAUUCUUGGUUUCAAUAUUGUUUGUAUUUACAGCAGUGUUCUUUUAUUCAUUUGUGUGGCUUUUUUGUUGU